GCUAUAGAGCCAGUUUUUAGGAAAAACAUAGAUGGCCAUUACAGGCCUAAUGUGAGCAGUAGCAUCCGUAAAGAAAAAACAGAAAAAAUAAUAAAAGAAAAUAAAGAAAUUUGAUUCGGUGAGUGUAGUUAGAGAGAAGGGGGAGGAAAUUUUUUUAAGAAGUUGUUAAAUUUUAAAACUUUUUAUCUUGCAAAUUUUAUUCUGAUAAGUUGUCCCCAAAUUUAACAAUAAAAAAAAUUUCAAAUCACUUUUAUUAAUAUGAUAAGAUAAUAGGAUCUUUUAAAAUUUGAAUUCACUCCAUAUUUCAAAAUACUCAAUAUGCAUUGCAUUAUAAAUAUUGGAGUUAUUUCUUGAUCGAAUUCCAUAGUCAAACUUUCUUUCCUAUUAUUAAAAGUAAAAAAAAAAAAUAUCAAUGGCUUCAAGCUAUGAUAUGUUGGACAAACUUGACUGUUCACGUAAAAUUGGAUAGAAUGUGAGGGUUCGUGUUUUGAGAGCUUGGAGGAAGAUGGAAUUCAACAAUCCAAAUGAGCCUUACAUGGUGGAGUGCAGUUUGCUGGAUGAAAAGGGUAAUAGAGCAGUGGCACAAGUUAGGAAGGAACUUAUUUAUAUGUUCGAAAGAAGCUUGAAAGAAGGGGAAUACAAACAAAUAAGAAAUUUUGGCACUGCUGUUGACAAAGAUUUUCAUCGGUUCUGCAACAAUGAUUACAAGAUAAUAUUCAAACGCAAUACAAGAGGUUUGAUGUCGAGAAAUUUCCUACUGGUGAAGCAUGAGGGAAAUAUGGUUUCCGCUUUGCAAAGUUCUCCGACAUAAUCGAAAUGAAGUUAGAUGAAGUUUUUUUAAUUGGUACUUUUAAAUUCAAUUUUUAUUGAUUAUGUGUUGGAGUUUUAUAUGAUUAAAGUUCGUUUUUUUGCAUUAUUCAUAGAUGUAAUUGGUGAAGUACGUGCCAUUAGUUUAAGCAAACUGUUAAUAUCAAAGAAGUUGACAAGGAUUUGUU